AUUCAGAUGUAUCAGUCUUAAACGAAAUACAAAAAUUUUAGGGAAUAAUACACUGUCUAAGAAAGAUAAACCAAAUUUAAGGAAAAAAUGAGUUAACAUCCUGAUAUGAUUCCUGUUGUUUUAGAAAAGCAUCCAAAAUCUAAGAUCUAGCAUUUAAACAAAUAAUUGUACUAUCAAUUUUAAAUUAUUGAUAUUUAGUUACUAAUGGUUUUCGUAUGAU